CAAACCAAACCGAGCUUCUCCUUCUUUCUGUCUGGCUUCUGUCCUGUCAUCGGACUGGGUGUGGUUAGAUAGUCCGGGUACCGUUAGCAGGAAAUCGAGCUUUCGAGUCCGUUUCUUUUGACGAGUGCCACACAAAGAAUAAUAUUCCCCUCGAAAGUUCAGGAGAUUCUUGUUAUUUUUUGUGCGUUUAAAUCGAGCUAACAAGUAAUAGGACUCGUUUUGGACAGGAAGGCGUUUCACUGGCGCCGUUGUUCUGAUGGGAAAAAGUUUUCUGGUGGUUUCGACAACCGCUCGUCUGUUCUAUUAGUCCCUGUUUGUUUUUUCUGCUUGUUUGUUUUCUUCUAACCCGAACCGGACCAACAAAAGACAAGAUGCCGAAGACGAUUAGUGUAAGAGUCACCACAAUGGAUGCGGAACUGGAGUUUGCCAUUCAGCCCACAACAACAGGAAAGCAACUCUUUGACCAGGUUGUUAAAACAAUUGGGCUGCGGGAGGUUUGGUACUUUGGACUCCAGUACCAGGACACCAAGGGUUUAUCUACGUGGCUCAAGCUCAAUAAGAAGGUGACCGCCCAAGAUGUGCGGAAGGAGAGCCCGCUACUAUUUAAGUUCCGUGCCAAGUUCUUUCCCGAGGACGUCUCAGAGGAGUUAAUCCAGGAUGCCACCCAGCGGCUUUUUUUCCUGCAGGUGAAGGAGGGAAUUCUAAAUGACGAUAUCUACUGCCCCCCGGAGACGGCCGUCCUGCUGGCUUCCUAUGCAGUGCAGGCCAAGUACGCUGACUACAACAAGGAAGUCCACACACCAGGCUAUCUAUCCAACGAGCAUCUGCUCCCUCAGAGAGUUCUGGACCAGCACAAACUUAGCAAGGACCAGUGGGAGGAGAGGAUUCAAGUAUGGCACGAAGAACACAAGGGAAUGAUGAGAGAGGAAUCCAUGAUGGAGUAUUUGAAGAUCGCCCAAGACCUGGAGAUGUAUGGAGUCAACUACUUCAGCAUCAAAAAUAAGAAAGGAACAGAGUUAUGGCUGGGAGUGGACGCUUUGGGACUGAACAUAUAUGAGCAGAAUGACAAAAUGACGCCCAAAAUUGGUUUUCCUUGGAGUGAAAUCAGGAACAUUUCCUUCAAUGACAAGAAAUUCGUCAUCAAACCAAUUGAUAAGAAAGCACCAGACUUUGUAUUUUAUGCUCCGAGGCUGCGCAUCAACAAGCGCAUUUUGUCUCUCUGCAUGGGAAACCACGAGCUGUACAUGCGCCGCCGCAAGCCCGACACCAUCGAAGUACAGCAGAUGAAGGCGCAAGCUCGGGAGGAUAAGAAUCUGAAGAAGAUGGAACGAGCUAUGCUGGAUAACGAAAAGAGGAAAAGGGAAGCCGUGGAAAAGGAAAAGGAGAAGAUCGAAAAGGAAAAAGAGGAAUUAAUGGAGCGGCUAAAGCAGAUCGAGGAGCAGACUAAAAAAGCCCAGCAAGAGCUGGAGGAGCAAACAAUGAGGGCCCUUGAGUUGGAGAUGGAGAGGAAGCGAGCCCAGGAGGAGGCUGAGCGCCUUGAGUCGGACCUGAAAGGCGCAGAGGAUGCCAAGAUGGCUCUCUUGCAGCAGUCAGAAAACCAGAUGAAGAACCAAGAGCACCUGGCCACCGAGUUGGCUGAGCUGACCUCAAAGAUUUCCCUCCUGGAGGAUUCCAAGAAGAAGAAAGAAGAGGAGGCAAUACUGUGGCAAGAGAAGGCCACCAUGGUGCAGCAGGACCUGGAGAAGACCAAAGAAGAGCUCAAAAACAAAGUGAUGGUGGCCCAUGUUCAGGAGCCGCUCAACACCGAGAACGAGCACGACGAGAAUGACGAAAGCAGCGCCGAAGCCAGCGCCGAGUUUACAUCUGCCGCCACGUACAAGGACCGCAGCGAGGAGGAGCGCAUGACCGAGGCGGAGAAGAACGAACGUUUGCAGAAACACUUACUCGCUUUAAGUUCAGAGUUGGCCAACGCCCGAGACGAGACCAAGAAGACGGUCAACGACAUGAUCCACGCAGAGAACAUGCGGGCAGGACGAGACAAGUACAAGACCCUCCGGCAGAUCCGGUCAGGAAACACCAAGCAGCGCAUCGAUGAGUUUGAAUGUAUGUGAUGCGGAAGUCGCCAAGCCCACUUGACUUGGACUGCUGUCCUGCGUCACUCGAGCUCUUUCUCCCCCGCCCCAAAUAAAAUUAUCAGCUGCAAAUCAUGACAUGGCUGCACAAACACAGCACAAUGUACAAAUAUGGAUCUGUAAAAUUGCAAUUGCUACCAUUUCUAACUGAAUUUAGGCAAGUUACUGCUUAAUAAGGGACAUGUGUUUUUUUUAAGUGCAUUCCUCCCUUAGGGGAGGUUUGUAGCAUUUCGUUAAUGGACCACAUUUUCUGACACAUCGAGCAAACCAUUUAUAAUUUCAUCUCAUAUUUCUGUCACUUCCUUGUAUCCAAUAUGAAAAACCUGAUGGCCAGUCCAACUCUGUGGCUGUUAGCUAUAAAUUUUAUGUUUCUGCUGUACACAUUCAAACUGAGUUUUCUGUUCGUAUUAAUGAUCUCAUGAUGCACAGCAUUUAAAUACUGUACAAUGUAAACAGUCGGAUGAAUUGAUUUCGGUGGUGGUGUUUCAUCUAAAGUGCAGAAUUAGACAAUGAAUUGCUUUUCUUUUGGGAGCUAGACUGAAUAAACUUGUGCCAUAAGAAACUAUUUUAGUUUGUAGUGUUAAAUUUGAAUCUGCAGGAUGAGAUAUGAUGAUGCUCAUCAUGUUUGUCUGUAAAGGGGAAGCUUUCAAAAUGGACGGAAAAAAAAGUGACCCUGAAGCGUUCAUAUCUGAUUGGAUGAUUUUGGUCAGAUUGUAGCUCUCACACGUACACAACAUACAUCAGACUUACAUUUUUGAGUCUUGGGUUUCGGCUUAAUAUAUAAGCUUUUAAUCAAAUAGUUCUGUUGUCAAGGCAUGACCAUUUAUUUUGUUCAACAUCCUCCAGCAUGUUUUUCAAAAGUUGGUAUGUUGUAAUUUAAUCUUUUUUUUUCCUUAAUCACAUCUGAAAGACUUUUUUUUUUUUGCAUAAUUCCCUUAACAUGCACUGGAACAUCACAGUAUUCAAUAUUAACCAAAACAACAAUGAGUAGUAUCUCUAGUUCUUACAUUUUAAUAUGCUGUAUGUAUUUAAUUAAUGACUUUUGUAUUUUGUGAUUUGGAUUAUUCUGAUGUGAUCAAAUCGUGUACGGUGUUAAAAUAGAGAGAAAAAGAAAACACCGAGGAUAUUUUUGUAUCAUACAACUUCAGCAUCCGCAGCACGCUAUUAAUGAAGUGGCUGGUGGCUCUUCUAGUAAGUUGAAGGAAACAAGCAACACCCCGUGCACACCGUGUCAUUGCAACAAUGAAAGAAAAAUCCACAUUGCAGUUCUUGACAGCAACAUUCCUUUUCAAUUAAACAUGUCAUCGCCAUCGUUUUAGCCUCAUUUUGGCAUCAAGGCACAAGAAGGGUUUUGCUUGUUUCAUAGAUUUGUCUCUGAAAGAUGUGUUGACAUUAUUUUCACAGGUCAAAAUAAAAGUAUUAUAGCAGUA